GAAUCCAGUGCUAUUUGGACUGUGUGUGCCGAGCGAGGAGGGUGUCGUAGUGUCCCUGGCCCGUUUCGAGACUUUUACAGCGAAACUGCCCGCAUCGAAGUCCGCCCCCCGAAAGAUGUGCAGCCGGCGGAUUAAUUCGAAGGAAGUCAAGAAGUUAUAGCAUUUUAUGGACGGGCCUGGAGGGACGAGAGCAGCAAGGGAAAGAAGGCGCCCCAUUUGGAGUUGGAACCGCAGUCAUGGCUUCUUCCAACAGGGGCAUACAAAUUGGUUCGGCGUGGUUUCAGAGGAAAAUGAACCUUAGGCCGCAGCACAGAGGCGUACAUUUGGUCACCGAAGAGAUUUUGAAGCAGAUGCCGGAAGUGCGUCAAUUCUCUGUUGGACUGUUUCACGUACAAAUUCUUCAUACCUCAGCUAGUUUAGCACUUAAUGAGAGCUGGGAUCCAGAUGUUAGGGACGAUAUGGAAAUGAUGCUUAAUAAAAUAGUGCCUGAGGGCUUAGCGUAUAGGCAUUCUUGUGAAGGUCCGGAUGAUAUGCCGGCUCAUGUCAAAGCGUGUUUCCUCGGAUCAUCUCUGACUAUUCCUAUUACCAAUGGAAAUUUAAACCUAGGUACUUGGCAAGGCAUAUGGCUCUGUGAACACAGGGAUCAUGCAGGGUCGAGAAAGGUUGUUGUAACUAUAAACGGUUGCUUACGUGACUGCAGUCGGUCUCCUUUAAGUCCUGUUUCUCCAAUCGCAUCGACAAGCAGUUAAUAUAACACACCAUGGAUCCAUUUGUGCACCCACAUCAUCGCUAAAAGUCCUGCUAUUCACAUUGCAAGCAUAGCUUCAUUUAGCCCCAUUCAGAAAUGUUUGUCAUGUCUAUAGUGGGUGGCUUUCCACUAAGCGGCAUCGCUGUUUUUUUGAUGCCUAUACGUGGACUAAUAAAUCACACUUUGAUGUGUGCUAAUAGAAUGGCUGUGGCAUGACCGUCAAGGGGCAGUUAGAAAUAACCAAAUCUACCAAGUGUUCUUAACUGACGCGGGCUUCAUCGCAUAAAAAAAAUAUAUAUCUAAAAAAAAAAUUAAAAGAUAAAUAAGAGAUUGCACAUAUUCACAAGUCAUUUGUGCAUUCUAGUAUAGCUGCUAUUUCCCAACACUAUGCGCCUGGUGCUCAGGUCUUGUAAAUUAGAUUUUUUUAAAUUUGGGAACAAUUUUGAAGUAGACAAUAGACUUGCUUAAUGUGAUUUUCUGUAUAAGGAAAUAUGGAUUGUACUUUUGGAGUUAAAACACAAUCAGUGGGCCUAAGUCCUGUAAAAAGAAGUCUCUAGUGUUCUAAAACGUAAAAACAAAGUGUUUUUGUGUGGUCUUAUGGGAUCCAUUGUCUGUGCAUUGCCUAAGACGUAAAAAUCUAUUUCGAAGAAAGUUUUUUUUUUUUCGUUUUUAAUUUAAAUAAUAUGUACAUUCCCUACAAUUUUGAAAUUUGUCUUAUUAUGCAAUUAAAGUUUGUGUUUUAAAAGUUGUACCAGUUUUCAUUAUUUGUUUUUAUAAAGUUUCUUAAUUAGCUUCUGGCCUAAAGAUUUCAUUUUGUAUUCGUAUUACUUCAUAUUUUUUAAAAAAUUAUCAUUAAUUACUGUUAUUAAAAGCACAUGCACAUUGUUUAUAGCGAGACCUAGUUUUUUCUUCAAUUUCUAUUCUAUUUAUAUCGUUAAAAAUGCCGAGGAAUAAUUAGAUAAUACCUAACAUGUCUCAUUCUCUCUAUUUCUCUAACUAUGUAUUUCUCAAACUUUCUCUAUAAGAUAUCUUUAUAAUAAUAUCUUGUUUACUUUAAAAAUUUACAGUUUUUGGAAAAAAAAGAAAAAGAAAAAUACAGUCUUUUAAAAAAAUAACUAAUUUUAUGAUAUUCUGCUACUUGUCCGAAGAAGCGAGCUUAUAGAACCAUUGAAUUGCUAAGUUCUUUUCUUUCUUUUGUUUUCAUAGUAAUAGAACAAACAUUACCUAUUCGGGGGGGAAAAAAAAUAAAAUUAAACAAUUAGGAACUUUAUCACCGCCAUUGGAUGGGCAGGCAAUCCGGCCAUUUAUUUUAGAUUUUGUAAAAAAAAAAACAAGAAAAAGAAAAGAAAAAACAAGAAAAAAUGUAAAAAUAAAUUAGAAUAAUCUACAUCAUUACAAUCAUUAACCUUUAAUCGACUGGUCUUAAAUUUAGGAUCUAAACAAAUAAAGGGGUUGUACACAAAUUCGAUUAUGAUUAAAAAAAAAAAAAAUUGAAAAAUAAAUUAAAAAAAAAAAAAAAAAGGGAAAGAAAGCUUGUUGUGGAUGAUACCCAGGCACAGUAGGCUCAAUGAGUCUGUCGCAUGCACCUUGUUCAAGGCUAAUCGCCUUUCACUGCCACAGCACAACUAUUUGUAAAUAGAUUAUAGAAUACAAUUUCUUUUAUUUUUUGCAAAAAAAAGGGUUAACUCAGAGUGGACAUUAUAAAAUACCAUACAUGAAUAUAUAUAUGUAUAUAAUAAUAUAGCAUAGCGUCCUAUAUGUAUAUAAAUAUAUAUAUUAUGUAUUAUACCUAUUAUUACUAUUAUAAAAAAGACUUAAGAUAAAAUUAUUCAAAUAUCGAAUAAUGUAUAGUACAGUACUACUAAAGUACCUCAGCUCUGGGGUUCUAGCUUUAUAAUAAUAUUGUAUUGUCGAUAUAAAAAUAUAUAAAUAUUAUACAGUAUACAUACGGUUUCGAGCUGCGAUUUUUACUAUGUUAAUGAACCGUUUUGGGACUAAGGAAACAUGCCCAGUGUUCGUUUGACAAAGUUAUUUUGCUUUCUUCAGCUUAGAUUUCUAAUAAAAUGUCACUUUCAAAGGAAAAUCAAGCUUAGACAAAAGGAAUUUAGUUUAGAUAACUAAUAGAAAGAAUUGUUUUUAUUAUUGUUAUUAUUCGAGUAGGUGACAAAUUGUGAUAAAAAAAAAUUGACAAUUUGACCUGAUUUCGAUUGACAUUCCAGCCCAAGUUGCGUUAUGGUAGCUUUGGGAAUUCUAAAUGUUUGAACACUUAUGUUACAUCGGGUUUUGAAUGUUUGUGCUUAUAGUGAAAGGACAUGUUUAAUGUACAAAUAAAAAUAUUAAAAAAAAUUGUUGUGUAAUAGUCAUUAUGUACGCAUUCUUACAGAAUACAUUAAAAAUAUUUGUAUAUUCCUUGUUGA